AUGGCUCGCACCAAACAAACAGCUCGGAAAUCAGUAGGCGGCAAAGCACCUCGAAAAUCUGCUGUGUUUCAAACGUAUGCUAAACGAAAACAAGUUCAAGCUAAACAACAAGGUAAAGCAGAAGUAACCGAAGCCGAACUUGAAGCCACAGCACCUGCCGAUGUAACAUAUGAUGUGAGUUAUGAAAGUUCAUUUUAUGCUCAUCAUUUUACGGCACAACCAACAACAACAGAUCUAUUCAUGCCAUCAUAUGGUAUUGCUACGAUAGUCGAUCCACUAGAGAAUGGAAAUCAAAAUAUUGAACAUUGGCUAAGUGUUAAUUUUAAUAGUUGUCUCGAUGGCGCAGGUAUUCGUACACAUCGUGCUCGACUUCAUCUUGUUAUAACACUUGAUAUAUCUGGCUCGAUGUCAGACAGAUUCGAAGGUGAGCCAGGUAAAACGAAAUUACAAAUAGCACAACAAUCAUUGUUAACACUGCUUAAACAACUUGGACCUGAUGAUGCACUUGGCAUUGUACUUUUUAAUCACAGUGCAACAGUUUUACAGCCGAUUGAAAGAAUAUCAUCAAUUGAUAAAAAAAAACUAGAAGAAAAUAUUCUUAAACUACGUGCCAGCGGUGGUACCACUAUCGCUCGGGCCAUUGAAGUUGCCAGUGAAUUAUAUAAUUCGACUGCAGAUCAGAAGGGUAUGAAAGAUGAUAACAAUAUGAUCAGUCGUCGAAUAUUUUUUCUAACUGAUAUGGAAGUAUCAACGACCGAUGGGGAAACUUUUCUAAAACAUAUUAAAGAUAAUGCAGAAAAACAUACGAUUUGGUCAACAGUCGUUGGUGUUGGACUUGACUUAGGUGCUGAAGUUAUUCAAUCAGUAUCACGAACAAUCGGUUGUAAUUAUUGUAAUGUUCGCAGUGCUCGAACGUUUGAUGAAUUGAUGAAUACUGAAUUUCAUUAUACAGUUACACCGAUUGGCUUUAACAUUGAAUUAUCAAUAGCAGGAGAACGUUAUACAAUGGAACAAGGAUAUGGUUCACCUGAGAUACAUCAGUUACAAGAUAAAAUAGAUACUCGUCAAUCAAUUAAAAUAAUUACUGAGUUUCCAUCGCCAAUGAAUGAUAAAAACGAAGUACGUGGUGGAUGCCUUUUAUUUAAAAUAAUUGAUAUGAAAAAGGAUGAAGUCAAUGAAAAUUUUAAAAUCACCACCUCGUGGGAUACAGUUUCAGGCAUACGACAGAGCAAUGAAAAAGAAUUCGAAUUUUCAAAUGAUGUUGAUUCAUUUACACAUUCGGGUAUACGCAAAUCUAUUCUACUGGUACGUUAUACAUCGUUUAUGAAACGUUAUUUGAAAUUACGUCAAGCAUCAGCUACACCGGAUGUUAUCGAUGAAUAUCAGUCAAUGCGUCGACAAUAUCCAAGUUUAGUAGAAUAUUUUAAAAAGGAAAUGACCGCCAUUAAUGACAAAUCAUUGGACGAGGAAGAAUACAAACAUUUAACGGAUAUUGCUCAACAGGAUGACAUACCUUUGAAUGAAAACCUUCUAACACUGCCACCCAUUGAAGCUACAUCUGCAUCUGCAUCUGUUACUACUGUCACUAUGCCUACUACUAUUACUACUAUAAUAAAGAAAACAAUACCUUCAUUGGACGAAUUACCUCGUCGAGAUCUACAAACUUUAGCAAAAAAACAUAGUAUUAAAGGAAAUUUGAAAACAGAAGAACUUGUACGACGACUAUCCGAUGUAAUUGCUGGCGAUGCAACGCGUGCUACUAGCUCCGGUGGUGAUGUCUGUUGUAUUUGCUUGACAAACAACAGUUCAGUGAGCUUAUUACCAUGUGGUCAUACAUGUUUAUGUAACGAUUGCAUUGCUAAACAAGAAGAACGUUUAACUAAAUGUCCUAUUUGUCGACAGGACAUUUUUGAUACAUCAACAUCAACAAUUAAACGACAACGUACAAAUUAA